AUGGCGACAGCGCGCAAGAGUUCAACGGAUGAAGAUAUCGACGUGUAUGUAUCAUCAUAUACAGAUGAUGAUGAUGAUGAAGAUGAUUCUUUUAGCAAUGAAACAGAAGAUGAUGAUAUUCGACUUACUUCAGAUCACCACAGACAUGAAUCACCAACUUCAACAAUAACAUCUAGAAGUUUAGAACUUGGACAACAGAACGUAUCUUCGUCAACGAAUACCAAGAAGUUUUCUAUAGCUAGCAUUUUGGGUACAGAACGUGACAAUGUCUCUGUUAGUGAAUAUGAGAAUAAACAUGGACUAGAUGACGCCGGUACGUUUGUGCGCCCGACGCCGGUAUCUGCGGUAAUCCGACCGCCGUCUCUAAGCGCCGCAACUGCCGUGGCGUUAUGUCCCGGGGCGUUCUUUGCACACCAAAACUCGUACAACACUUCAGCCUCAAGUUCUGCAGGGUUGAUGCUGGAAAUGAUUUCGCCAAAUUCUGUUGCAUGUAACAAUGAACAUGCAGUACCCUAUUCAUCUUUAUCCUACCCAGCGUCUUUGGCUUCGGCGUCGGCAGCGUCUCUGUUAUACGGCGGGUGGUUCACGGCGUCGGCCGCAAACAAGGCUCCCAGUCAACUGUUUGGCCUUCAAGCUCCCAAGCCUGUGGGAAGGAGGACAAGGAAGCCAGGCAUUGACAGAAAGCCAAGACAAGCCUACAGCGCCAAGCAGCUGGAGCGGCUGGAGGCUGAGUUCAAGGUUGACAAAUAUCUCAGCGUAAGCAAGAGAAUGGAACUGUCAAAAGCUCUCAAUCUAACAGAAGUACAGAUUAAGACAUGGUUUCAAAACAGACGAACAAAAUGGAAGAAGCAGUUAACAUCUCGCCUUAAAAUCGCACAGAGACAAGGCUUAUUUCCUCCGCACUACUUCCCUUCGGCGCAGCAGUACUCAGCUGUCUUCGCUCCAUAUUAUGCAACUCCUCCGUUAGGAUGUGUCUACCCAUCGUCACCGCUAGAGGGAUCUGGCGUUUCGUCUGCAGCAACGUCGCCUACAAGUAGUACUAGUUCAGCUCCACAGAUAGCAGUAUCAUCUUCGUCAGGAAAUUCUGCCAAUAUAUGA